GGUUGGCUCUUGCUGCGCUCUCACUGUACAAAACGAAUGAAUUUAAUAUUAAUGAACUCGUGUAUUGGCUCUUACCCGUGUCAAUCCUAAAGUGCUUCUUCACUAGGUUGGCUGACCCCUUGUAUAUUAUUACUGAGGACCAGGCUAAAAGUAAAAAUGUUGCGGAUCCUCGGCACUGGGACAGGCUGAAUGGAGUCAACGUUGAGCGCAAAUAAAAUCAUUCUACAUUCACCCGGAGCGCACAAAAUAUUGUUUUACAAAAAUACGGGCAUCUUGUAGUUCUCCAUAGACGUCCCGACCCUCAGCCUCCACAUGCCUCCAUCUCCCCUUGACGACAGAAUUGUGGUGGCGCUGCCAAGGCCGAUCCGACCUCAGGAACUCCGACUGCGCCUGGACACCAGCUACCUGGACACCAGCUACCUGGACACCAGCUACCUGGACACCAGCUACCUGGACACUACUGUCACCAGCCCUGUCAGCAAGACGACUGUCAUCAGCACAACGGUGGUGAAGAUCCGGGCGACCAACCUCACUUAUAUGCCCUCAUCUAACGGCUCCACGCGCUCCCUGUCGUGUGGAUGCACCAGUGCCAGCUGCUGCUCGGUCACCACCUACGAGAAGGACAGCCAGCACAACCAGCGCCAGCAGCAGAGCCACGUCAGCCAGGUGAGCGCCAGCAGCCCCAACCUCAGCUAUGCUGGACCCGCCUCCUCCAACCCCAUAGUCACGGGCAUGGGCAUGAUACACCAUGAGGCCUUCAGCGACCCUAGUCUCACCUCUGGCCCAACCAAGGCUCUAGGGUCCACUGUCCGGGUCAUCCACCCCAAUGAGCUGGCCAAGCGGAUGGCCAGGUGCCCCAUGGGCCACCCGGUCGGGCCGGUGCCGGUCAUCAUCGACUGCCGGCCCUUCAUGGACUACAACAAAAGCCACAUCCAGGGUGCAGUGCACAUCAACUGUUCGGACAAGAUCAGCCGGCGACGGCUGCAGCAGGGCAAGAUCACCGUGCUGGACCUGCUCUCGUGCCGUGAGUCCUCCGGCAAGGACUCCUUUAAGGGCAUCUUCUCCAAAGAGAUUGUGGUGUACGACGAGAGUACAAUGGAUCCCCAGAGAGUGACCUCCUCACAGCCCCUUCAUGUGGUCCUGGAUUCGCUGAAGAGGGAGGGAAAGGACCCCAUUGUUCUCAAAGGGGGCCUCAGCUGCUUCAGACAGAACCACCAGAACCUGUGUGACCACUCCCUCCACCUCCACGAGAGCCUGGACGCCGGCAUAGGCGUCAGCGGGGCCUCCGGCCACACGGGGGCACUACCUCACUCUAUGUCCCUGCCGUCCACGCCGGACAUCGAGGACGCCGAGCUGACGCCCAUCCUGCCCUUCCUGUACCUGGGCAACGAGCACGACGCGCAGGACGCCCACAGGCUACAGCGCUACAACAUCGGCUUUGUGCUCAACGUCACCACCCACCUGCCGCUCUACCACUAUGACACAGGCCUGUUCAGCUACAAGCGGCUGCCAGCCACUGACAGCAACAAGCAGAACUUGAGGCAGUACUUUGAGGAGGCGUUUGAAUUCAUAGAGGAAGCACGGCAAGCGGACAUGGGCCUCUUGAUCCACUGCCAGGCAGGCGUGUCUCGCUCGGCCACCAUCGUCAUUGCCUACCUGAUGAAGCACACCUGGAUGACCAUGACUGACGCUUACAAGUUUGUCAAGACCCGGCGGCCCAUCAUCUCCCCCAACCUCAACUUCAUGGGCCAACUGCUGGAGUUCGAGGAGGACCUGAACAACGGCAUCACACCACGCAUCCUCAUGCCAAAGCUCAUCGGUGUGGAGACCAUGGUUUAGGAGGACACCUGCCAUUCCUGGUUUAGGAGGACAUCCCACUCACUCUACGGGCUACUCUUGACAGGCUGAUUCUGAGAGGAAAAUCACUUUAUUUCAGAAUCUCCUAGUCAUGCUCUUCUGGGACUGUCACAGGAGUGCCAAGGUUCUGGGUCAACGGCGAUGAGAAACCCCAGAAUACCUGCUGUUCCGAACUGGCUGGCUUCCUGGAGGAACAAGAGUGUUGGGAAGAGAAAACGGUCAGUGGGAAGCUGUCGUGCAUGACCAUGGAGGAGCAAAAACAUGGAAGGAAAGGAAAAUAGAUGAACUAUUUCUAAAGAAAAAAACAGCAUGUACUGUGGGGACUUAGCAGGUUAGCAGUGAGAGAAACUGACUCUUCAGACUCACACUGUGCUGUGGCUCACGGUUAUUGUGGCAGGCAGGCUGGGGCCGAGCUGGCCGAGGCGGUGCCUGUCAGAAAAGAUGAAGACUUGUUUGGUGUGUUAAUGUUCUUGUUCUAUUUUUAUACAGGGGUUUAUGGGGGUGACCAUGACAAGCCCAAAGUGGCUUACUGUGCAAUAAUGUCUGAGUGGAAUGCGGCUGGGAGCCUGAUCUUAUGUGUAUAUAUGGGUAUUCAAUGACGAUAAAACAUUUCCAUUUCGCCACUGAUUUGACAUGAAGUAACCUUUUUUGAAUUAAUUGUUGUUAUCGAUUCUGUAUUUUUUUUACGCAUACCAUUGAGCUGUUACACUAUAUAUAUAAAAGUAUUUGGACACCCCUUCAAAUUACUGGUUUUCGGCUAUUUCAGCCACACCCGUUGCUGACAGGUGUAUACAAUCGAGCACACAGCCAUGGAAUCUCCAUAGCCUAACAUUGGCAGUAGAAUUACCUUACUGAAGAGCUUAGUUGCGUUCAACGUGGCACCGUCAUAGGAUGCCAGCUUUCCAACAAGUCAGUUCUUCAAAUUUCUGUGGGCGGCAGGGAGCCUAGUGGUUAGAGUGUUGGGCCAGUAACCGUAAGGUUGCUAAAUCGAAUCCCCAAGCUGACAAGGUAAAAAUCAGUUGUUCUGCCCCUGAACAAGUCAGUUAACCCACUGUUCCUAGGCCGUCAUUGUAAAUAAGAAUUUGUUCUUAAUUAACUGACUUGCCAAGUCAAAUAAAAAGUGCUGUUAUUUUUUAAGUAGAAAUGUCUAGGAGCAACUACAGUUCAGCCGCGAAGUGGUCGGCCACACAAACUCACAGAACGGGACCGCGUAGUGAUAAGAAAUAGACUGUCCUCGGAUGCAACACUUGAGUUCCAAAAUGCCACUGGAAGCAAUGCCCGCACAAUAACUGUUCAUCGGGAGCUUCAUGAAAUGAGUUUCCAUGGCUGAGAAGCUGCACGCAAGCCUAAGAUCACCAUGCACAAUACCUAGCUUCGGCUGGAGUGGUGUAAAGCUCACCGCCUUUGGACUCUGGAUCAGUGGAAAUGCAUUCUCUGGAGUGAUGAAUAUCGCUUCACCAUCUGGCAGUCCGACGGACUAAUCGGCGUUUGGCGGAUGCCUGGAGAACGCUACAUGCCCCAAUGCAUAGUGCCAACUGUAAAGUUUGGUGGAGGAGGAAUAAUGGUCUGGGGCUGUUUUUCAUGGUUCAGGCCCCUUAGUUCUAGUGAAUGGAAAUCUUAAGGCUGCAGCAUACAAUGACAUUUUAGACGAUUCUGUGCUUCCAAAUUUGUGGCAACAGUUUGGGGAAGGCCCUUUCCUGUUUCAGCAUGACAAUGCCCGCGUGCACAAAGCAAGGUCCAUACAGAAAUGGUUUGUCGAGAAUGGUGUGGAAGAACUUGACUGGCCUGCACAGAGCCCUGACCUCAGCCCCAUCGAAAACCUUUUGGAAGAAUUGGAAUGCAGACUGCGAGCCAGGCUUAAUCGCCAAACAUCAGUGCCCGACCUCACUAAGACUCUUGUGGCCAAAUGGAAAAAAGUCCCUGCAGCAAUGUUCCAAUAUCUAGUGGAAAGCCUUCUCAGAAGAGUGGAGACUGUUAUAGCAGCAAAGAAGGGACCAAUUCCAUAUUAAUGCCCAUGAUUUUGGAAUGAGAUGUUCGACGAGCAGGUGUCCACAUACUUUUGGUCAUGUAGUGAACGUUUGGCACAAGUUAGAUUGAUAAAAUCUAUGUUUUUUAUGUAAAAUUCUUGGCACUGGUGUGUCUUAGUUGUCUGUGCAUAUUGGUUUAAUUCUGUUUACUCUUCAAAAAUACAUGAAACCAUUCACAUUGUCUGUGUGUUUUGUUUUGUCACUGUGUUUUUCCAUCUCCCAACACCAUCAACCAUACCAUUUGUUUUUAGUAAUACAUUUACUGCCAUAAAGAGCUUUGUACCACAAGUUUACUGAAAGCAGAUUGCUCCUCAAACAAAAUGGUGGUUAUCCUGUUUUAAGUAUUACUUCAGUUGUAAAGUAGAUUUGAGGACUAUUCACUGCCUGCUAUAGUCUCUCCUGUUCCUUUUGAAAUAGUUUUCCCGCUUCUAACUUGUCCCAUUUGAAUGUAGUGUCUAACCUCUAGAUAUAUUUUGGUGUAGUUGCCCUUGUAGUGUAUGUUACUACAUUUGCUCUCUGAGUAUGGCCUAGUAUGAUUUACUACAUCACAAGGUAACAGCUGUCCGUGAAUUGGGCCUCUGGCAUCAAAUGAGACAUUGUAUCCAGAGACUGUGGUAGAAGCAAGGUACUGUAAUCCCUUUCUAAUAUUUUGAAACCUCCCAGCCCUGCCGCUAAGCUAACGAGCAGCUCUUGUUCUGCUGCCUCGCGUAACGCCAAGCUCGGCUGUCACGUGCAGUACUAGUGCCUCUAUUGAUGCCUUAACUAACUCCUGUCUUUUCACCACGGGGCCUGUUUGCGCCACUGUACAGUGCAGGCCAUCAUCGCAUGAAGACAGAAGCAGCCGAGCAGGCUGUGGUCGACUUCACGGCCUGCGGAUACAAACCAACCCUUCAGCUCUGUGAUACGUUCAAAGGGAUAUUUACACAGUUUAGUCUUAAACAAAUCUUCUUUAAAACAAAAGUAUACACCUCACACACAUGGUUAUGGGCUUAAAAAAAUAAGUAGAAAUGUAUUUGCAUCCCAAUUUCACACUUUAUAAUCAGCACAGAAGACUGAAAUAUAACAAAAUUGUUUGACAUAGAAACACUAGAUUUUCAGCGUGAAAAAAAAAGAAGUUUAGUAAUUAUGAAAAAUACGAAUAAGAUUCCACCGAUCAGGCCACUAGAGGGCGAUUUUAUCAUUUGACUGCAGGAAAGGGGUACUAAUGUGACUGAUCUGCUGCUGAAUCAUUAGAAAGGAGAAGUGAGAACCUAUGUGAAGUGUAGGCUGAGGCCUAUUCCGCACAGAACUCUCUGUUACGGUGGCUGUGGGAGUGUGCAUGAUCCCUCGCGGAACUUUUGAAUAUCAACAGAAGAUGAAUCAUUGAAAUGUUCCCCUUGCAUAAUGCAUGCUGUUUCAAACAAUACAACUUGCAGCCACUUAGCUGCUAAUUAUGUUGAUGCUUAGUUUUGGACCUAGCUAGCAUUAGUGUUAGCAUUAGCGUGACAACUCAACAAAUGGCAUAUUAGACAACGAAAAAUAAAACAAGAGUCGUAUUCAUUAGGGCGUUUCUCAGUCCCUGUUUCGGUCAAUUUUCUUCCAUUUAGUGCCUAAUGAAUACCACCCAGAAACAAGGACAUAACAUGGAAUCGUACAGUAAUGUCUGAAUCAAGGAAAAUGCACUUUUUUGUUUGUUAUGCCUUUGCACGCUAAUCAUAAUAUUUGUUUCGUAGUGUCCUUGAGGUUUGAACCGUAGUUACUUUGCAUAUAGUUUGUAUACCGUUGCUACUGCUGCACCCAAAACUUAUAGUUCUCUCAAGAAAGAACGAGAUCGUCGAGGGAGACGGCAAAGUAAGCGUUUGCACAGGUAAAGAGAAUACAUAGCAUUUAUUUAACCACAAAAGAUCUCUAUGUAUAAGGUUGAGAAAUUCUAUUUUCAGAAUUAUCACCUAUACUUCCUGUCUUCGGUUGCUAUGAUCAUGUACAUUGGCUAUGAUAUGGUUGCUAUGAUCAUGUACAUUGGCUAUGAUAUGGUUGCUAUGAUCAUGUACAGUACAUUGGUGUUUAUUGGUGCUCUACAAACACUGUAUUUGGGUAUGAUAAAGGUCUAUAACAGUUUACCACACAUUUGUAGCUUGUACAUUUAUAUGAAAUGAUAACCAUCUACAAUAAAGUACACAUCCUAAAAAAUAUAGAACUGCCAUUUAUAUCCACUAGUUCCUAAUCCUAUGUCCUUAAUGGCACAUAUUGGAUUUUCAUUUGUAAUUACAGUACAUGGUAUUGGAUUGAUAAAUGUAAACGUUGUACAUUAUUCUUCUUCUCUGGUUGGGAAACAAAGCAUGUCUGUUGUGUGUCCCCAGUCCAUUCUCUGUCUAAUGAUGCUCUCUCACUGUGGAGGUCAAGAUUUCAUGCUUUUGGUUGUGCCCCGAAUGACAUCCUAUUCCCUGUAUUGUAAACUUCUUUUGAUAGGACUUGUCAAAAGUAGUGCACUAAAUAGGGAAUAGGGUGCCAUUUGGAAUGUACAUUUGUGUUUUGUCAAGGUGGUUUUGAGUGACAGCCCCCUGAAAGGGGAUCAUAUAAACCUGUCAUAUUUGAUGUGGGACUGUUUAUGGCUAGACCUGUUUAAGAGUUUCUGCUUUGGGCUCAGAGACUCUGGGGAGAGCAGGGGGGUCACUAUACAAGUGUAUGUACUGUACAGUCAGUCAUUGUGUCUGUCUAUAGUUCCGCAGUUAAAGUACAUACACUAUAUUCACAACUUUCUUUCUAUGCAUAUAUCUAUUACUAUUUUUGCACUGACCUAUGGAUGGACAGCUGGAUUUUAUUUUUUCACACAAAGGGUGCUAUUAUAAUGGAGGCCUUCUCCCUGACAACAGCUUUUUGCAUGACCUGCUCAAUAUUCCCCCUUAUGAAGGAUCUAUCCUCCUCUAUUCUUAAAUCGUUUCGGUUUAAGCACUGUCAUUUUGUAAUCCCUUACCCUACUUGUGAUGUUUGAAAUAAACAGAGAGGCUAAAAGUUUA